GGCAGGUACUUGGCGCGCUCGGGCUCAGGAGCGGGGCCUGGGAAGCCGCUGGCCUGACCGCCUGGGGAGGGGGUGACCGCGGCAGAGUGGGCGGGUCUCGCCCGGCAGGAUGAGCGGGCCCUGGCGGCUCCUGCGCGCCCUGCGGCUCCAUCUCCUCGGGCCAGAGAAGCAGCUCGUGGGCAGCGACCAGUUUGGAAACAAAUACUACACGAUCCCCAAACACCAAACCUGGGCUGGACAGACCAUUCGAGAGAGAAGACUAGUAGAAGCUGUAAAGCAAGAGGAGUAUAAGUAUGAAGAGGGCAACCUGCCAACAGAAUGGGACGCUUGGCUUAGAAAAAGAAGAAAGGAUCCACCCACAAUGGAGGAAAUUUUUAAGAAUGAAAUCUACAAAGAAGAAAUAAAACUGAAAAUCACAGCUGCUUCUGAAAAGGACAGUCCCCUUCAGACCAAGGAAUAUGAGGGACUUGUUGCGGAACCAGUUCAAACUCAAAUUAAAGGCCAUGCAUCAUCACCUUACUAUGGAAAGAAUGAGCCUUCACCAGACCCAUCCAGCACUGCAAAAACCUUUCAGCCAGGUUCCUGGAUCCCACCAGAUAGCAGUAGCCGUAAUAAAUAAACAGUUGUAAUGUGAAAAAUCUUGCCAGUGAAUUGCACAGAUAAUUGCUCUAACAAGCAACAUGACUGAAGAAAACUUUUUCAUUUACCAACUGUUGUGUGAGAAAUAAACUGAUGAUUAAUUUUCA